UGCACUUGACAGGUAUUGACGCGCGUUACCCACCAGUUGAGUUUACAGUGCUGAGUGUUGUUUGAUUGCUGGUGAACAUGUUGGAGGGGCACAAGCGGGGGACUUGAUGAGCCUGUGAUUUAGGAAGCUGUUGACGAUAUGCUUGAAAUGCUUGGAUGGUCGUUGCUGAUCACAUUGCUUUCUGCAGUACAGGGUGUCCCGGUGUGCGAGUGGGGCAAGUAUGGACCCAACUGUGACCGACUUUGUUCAGAUCACUGUGGACCUCAUCCUGCCAGACACCUUCGACGCUGUGACAAAUAUACUGGGGAGUGUUUACAUGGGUGUGUUCGUGGUCGGCAUGGUGACCUCUGUGAUCAACUUUGUAGCCCGAACUGCAUCAAGACCACGUGUAACCAACCCAACGGGGGAUGUACCAUCGGGUGUAUAGAUGGAUACAGUGGAUAUUUCUGUAUCAGAACAGCAGGUGAGGGACACAUGCAGUUUAUGUGGAUGGUACAUGUUGCCAUCGUUAUCUUUUCGACGGUUUUGUGCUGGAAGAGUCGACGAUGUAGAAGAAUGUUUGACAUAGGGUUUACACAGCUUAUCAGAAGGAAUCCAAGGUCUUCCUCGAGUGACCCGAGUCAGGAUCUGAGUCGGAGUCGGAGGGAACCACGGCUUUCCACUUCUUCACACGCGGCUCCAUCACAAGCAGACCGCGACCUCUUCCGCGCCAGCGGGGCCGGAGACCUGGAGAAGGUGAAGCGGAUCCUGUUUAAGGGUGAUGUCAACAUCAACUGUAGAGUCGUGACCUGGACACCGGUGAUGUUGGCAGCAUACAGCGGACACAGAGAAGUGGUGGUGCUCCUUGUGAUUAAAGGAGCCGAUGUGUCACUGGUGGACGUUGACCGUAACAACAUCCUUCACUUGGCCAGUUGGGGUGGAGACAUGGAAACGGUGAAGUUUAUCUUGUCACUGAACGUGGUGGACAUCAACGCCAUGAACGGCUACGAGCAGACAGCGGCCGGCUGGGCCAGACACUGGGGACACCAACACGUGGUGAGACUGCUGGAGUCCCGCGGCGGCCGGCCGGGCCAGACACUGGGGACAUCAACACGUGGUGAGACUGCUGGAGUCCCGCGGCGGCCGGCCGGGCCAGACACUGGGGACAUCAACACGUGGUGAGACUGCUGGAGUCCCGCGGCGGCCGGCCGGGCCAGACACUGGGGACAUCAACACGUGGUGAGACUGCUGGAGUCACGCGGCGGCCGGCCGGGCCAGACACUGGGGACAUCAACACGUGGUGAGACUGCUGGAGUCCCGCGGCGGCCGGCCGGGCCAGACACUGGGGACAUCAACACGUGGUGAGACUGCUGGAGUCCCGCGGGGGCCGCUGCCAGACACUGGAGACAUCAACACGUGGUGAGACUGCUGGAGUCCCGCGGGGGCCGCUGCCAGACACUGGGGACAUCAACACGUGGUGAGACUGCUGGAGUCCCGCGGCGGCCGCUGCCAGACACUGGGGACAUCAACACGUGGUGAGACUGCUGGCGUCCCGCAGGGGCCGCUGCCAGACACUGGGGACAUCAACACGUGGUGAGACUGCUGGAGUCCCGCGGGGGCCGCUGCCAGACACUGGGGACAUCAACACGUGGUGAGACUGCUGGAGUCACGCGGCGGUCGGCCGGGCCAGACACUGGGGACAUCAACACGUGGUGAGACUGCUGGAGUCCCGCGGCGGCCGGCCGGGCCAGACACUGGGGACAUCAACACGUGGUGAGACUGCUGGAGUCACGCGGCGGUCGGUGCCAGACACUGGGGACAUCAACACGUGGUGAGACUGCUGGAGUCCCGCGGGGGCCGCUGCCAGACACUGGGGACAUCAACACGUGGUGAGACUGCUGGAGUCCCGCGGCGGCCGCUGCCAGACACUGGGGACAUCAACACGUGGUGAGACUGCUGGCGUCCCGCAGGGGCCGCUGCCAGACACUGGGGACAUCAACACGUGGUGAGACUGCUGGAGUCCCGCGGGGGCCGCUGCCAGACACUGGGGACAUCAACACGUGGUGAGACUGCUGGAGUCACGCGGCGGUCGGUGCCAGACACUGGGGACAUCAACACGUGGUGAGACUGCUGGAGUCCCGCGGCGGCCGGCCGGGUCAGACACUGUGGACAUCAACACGUGGUGAGACAACUGGAGUCACGCGGCGGCCGCUGCCAGACACUAGAGACAUCAACACUAGGUGAGACUGCUGGACACGCGGCGGCCGGCCGGGCCAGACACUAGAGACAUCAACACGUGAUGAGACUGCUGCUGUCCCGCGGCGGCCGGUGAAGUCAGUGUAGUGUUUGUGUAGACGGUGAAGGAGGACGGAGUUACGGGGUGACGUGCUGUGCCGUUCACGUCGUCGUGUUAUGUGUAUAAAGCCCCACCCACCCUCAGUUUUGAAAGUAACUGGUAAUGUAAACACAACCGAGUGUCGAGAGAAGCUUUUUGAAAAACCGUACGAAAACAAGAUCACCAAAGAUUGUCAAACUUGAAUGACAAACCUUGGACACCAGAAAUGGCUCCAUAUCUAGAGAUGAGUCAAUAAAUUUUCUGUCGUGUUACCAUAAAAUAUCGAAU